GGGAGGAGGGAUUGUCAAUUGUAGCCAUUCGAUCUGUCAUCAUCCUUCGUACGAUGCGAAAAGGGAAGUUGAGAUAAGUGGGAGAGGGACAUCGCGCAGCCUUAUGAAAUCUAACGUCACGGUAGCCGGCUGGGUCAUCGACACUCCGAACGGACACUGAAGUGCCACAAAGACCCGGAAGACACCAUUCACAGCAACUCCCUCUCUCUCUGGUAGAUAUUUUCUACCGUUUCUCACAGUAAGUCAGCCUCCAGAAGAAGAGACCGGGCAGUGUGACAUGGCAAGUAGAGGCGGAGCUACACGACCCAAUGGGCCAAACGCAGGCAACAAGAUCUGCCAGUUCAAACUUGUGCUUUUAGGAGAGUCGGCUGUGGGGAAGUCAAGUCUUGUACUUCGUUUCGUCAAAGGGCAGUUUCACGAAUUCCAAGAGAGCACAAUCGGAGCUGCCUUCCUGACUCAGACGGUAUGUUUGGACGACACAACGGUCAAGUUUGAGAUCUGGGACACAGCUGGUCAGGAGCGCUACCACAGUCUGGCUCCCAUGUACUACAGAGGCGCCCAGGCAGCCAUCGUGGUGUACGAUAUCACAAAUGAGGAGUCAUUUGUACGUGCGAAGAACUGGGUUAAAGAGCUCCAGAGACAAGCCAGCCCCAACAUUGUAAUAGCUCUGGCUGGGAACAAGGCUGACCUCGCAAACAAGAGAGCGCUGGACUUCCAGGAUGCACAGUCAUACGCAGACGAUAACAGCUUGCUCUUCAUGGAGACGUCAGCAAAGACCUCUAUGAACGUAAACGAGAUAUUCAUGGCCAUUGCAAAGAAGCUUCCCAAGAACGAGCCUCAAGCGUCCGCAGCCAGCAGCGGGCGGAACCGGGGGGUGGACCUGACGGAGACGGCUCAGCCCACCGGCCGCUCCUGCUGCAGUAACUAACUCUUCCUGCUCAUCUGUCCCCGUCUCACACACACACACACACACACACACACACCCCUCCCUCCCAAGUGAACAUCUGGACAUCGGGCUUCUUGACAUCAGCCCUGACCGUCAACCUCACUCCCCAUGGAAUAGCUAAAAGACUCUGUAUAGCUGCAUUUCUAAUACCUUUUUUUUUUUUUUUUUGGAUGUUCUCUUUCUUUAAACAACAACAACUUUUUUUUUUCAAGAAGUGUAUAUCAGUAUAAUGGAUGCAUGUAUCACUACAACGCCUAAAUAAACACACAUUUUAAUCUCUUAUUCAGUUGGAAGACUAGCCCACGUUUAGAAAGACGAGCGAGCGUGUGACCUGUGUGACGAGCAGGCUCCGCCCCCUCGGUCGCUUCACGGGGUCGACUGGGGUCAAAGGGCGUCGCCUGGGACGCUCUUUGUGUUGUUUAAGUUAUGAGGAAAACCAAACUGUUCCCCUCUUGAGAUGCAGGAAAGGACCGAUGAAUCCCUCCUUCCCUCCCAUUUGUUACACAGGAAGACGUCUUCAUCCGAGGCGCCGAAUGCGGAAAAUAGAUUUUUGGUACCGUCUAAAAAAAAAACGACAACAAAAAAACAGUCUGAAGGACCGUUGAGCGUCCUGCAAAGACGUUAAACGCUCGUCUUUGUUAAUCCGCUCCGUUUCGGUCUCAAUCAAACGUUCAGACACACAAACAGAAUAUUGGACUCCCAACCGCCCGUUGUCGGUGUAAAAAACACAAUCUAUAUACUCAAAUGUUGUUAUAGGGUGCAAUGUUGUCUUCUUCCUCCUUUAGCACAGCUUGCUGAGCCUCUGCGCUCGCAAGGAAAUUGUCUAGAGAUUCCGAACAAUUGUACAGUUCAAUAUAUAUAUAUUUUUUUCUUUUUCUUUAUCACAAACUGGUCAAAUGUUAAACAGUGGUGGUCUCUCUUAGGUGUAUGUAGUGUUAUUAACAACAUCCCUCUCUGGUGUCUUGUUACUUUUCUCAUUAAAUGGUCCAUGGUCACGUUUGAAAGGGACUUUUAUUGCAUUGCACAGUGUUGAUCAUGUUUUAAUUAAUGACCUUCGAUUUUAUAUGACGGACUGUUUUGGACUUGCUAACAUACAGCGAUGAGUGGGAGGCUUAAUUAACCUGACUGGUGGUCUAUCUUACGGCUUAAUGAAUUUUAAUGAUGUAAAACAGCAUUACUAGUGAUGGGCUGAUCAGUUUUGAGUGUCUCAAUACAAACUUAAUAAAUUCAAUAAAGAGGUCUCCUGUACGCCUUUUUGCUCUGAAUGUGGAGGGAAGUUAAGAUUCUGCUUUUAUUCAACCCAAUGUCAUGUUACUUGACAACGUAGAUGUAAAAAAAUGUAAUUACCAAACUGCCGGCACAAAAGCUGCAAUGAUUAAUAGAUUGAAAUACAGUUAAUCACUAUUUAAUUUGAACUAGGAGUCUACAGCUGCAUGCUUUCCUCUAAAUGCUAACAUGCGUUUUAGCAUCUCUAACGUGCUACACCAGCUUAUGAGCACAGAUGUUUAAUGGGAAUGUCAUAUAUGCGCUUUGAAGAUAUUUUGUAAUAAACAAAUGACAAUUUUGACCUCGUGAGGGUGCGUGAAUGAAAAGGUUAGGAGCGUGAGCGCGUCGUAAAUGUCGUUGCCGCUCAUCCUCUAGUCGAGAGAAGCGACGUUUCACGUGAUUGUACAUUUUAGAAAAACACUGGAUCCUAAAAUUCCCACAAUGCAACAGAUUUUAGGUGCGAGUAACCGAUCUUAAAGUGCAGGUCGAGGCGGACUCUUCAUGUGUUUCCACCAUCUGCCUCCUUCCUACAUCGCUAAGCCCCUCCCCCUUUUGGCACCGCCAGGGGAUAUUCUUUUUUUUUAAUAUGUAUUUCAAAUGUCAAACCUGUGAGCACCAUGAAGAGUCAUUUAGGAAAUAAUACUUCUUUAACUUUGCAGGUGACCCGUGGCUUAUAAAAACAAUUUAAUACAUCUAUAAUAUUGUCACAAAGAUAACAAAUACAUGUGAUUUAAUGACUUUUACAGGCAUUUCCCCACAUUUUGUUAGAAGUUACGUGGUUCACUGCUUUCCCACAAUGUGCCCUUUUUUUAAAUUAUGUUGAGAAAACACAUUUUCUCUUACAAUCUGUCCCCGUGGGAGAUUAUGACUCCUGAUCUUUCCCACCGUCCACGAGGGGCUCAUUGUCCAUUGUUAUGUUCACGCCAAUAAAGCAUUUUUAAUUCAAA